AUGCCUUCCAUCACUCCCUUCAGCAUUUUCAUGGAGAAAAAGAAACCUCAAGGUGGCGGCAGUGGUGCUGAUGAUUUAACCCUAGUAAAAGCAGCUGCAUGGGCAUGGUACCAGCAUGGUUCAGGAUCUGAAGGAAAGACUAUGUGUGAAUCUGAUGUUACAAGAACCCGUCGAGCUCCAGGACCGUCAAGAUACAAGCUAGAAGCUAUGGGAUUAAUGAAGGAGAAUACCAUGGAAUUAGGGUCAGAAACACCUAGUCCAAUCCGCACAGAUAAAUCUCUUCUUGACGACUAUGAAGUAGAGAGCAUUUCAAAGCAUUUUGACUAUCUUAUAGAGUCGAGCAGCAAGAGAUUUUAUGGCUUCGAGAUAGAUAAUCUUGAUCACGACCAAAGAAGUAUGUCGUCAAUGGAUAGUGAUCAAACUAGUGGAAUGAAGCAGAAGAAGGACAAGAAGAAGAAAAUUUUUUUACGAGGGUUUUGGCCGAGACAUUCGGUUGUUUGUGCCACAAGGGAAGAUGUAGACACAAGAGCUUUAGUGCGUUGCGGCAGCGGCAACAGCCGGAAAGGCAGAUUCCGGUAG